AUGAAGAACCACACUGUAGUAACAAUUCAUGUUGUCCUGAACUAUAAGGUCUCGAUUAUUCAUUUUGGCAUUACAGGUAUUAAUAUGAAAAACUUAUCAUACUACAGAGACCAAAAUGCCAAUAAGUCAAAUGCCUUCAUUUCGCUCCCCAACGACCACUGGGAGUCCCAGACUUACGGGGUACCCAAAACGGCAUCAUUUUGUUAUAACGCACUUCAGCUGGUAGCCUCGACAAAAUUUCGGCUGCAAGCACCUGGCCCUCCUGCGAUUCCCGGCAAAGGCCAACCGCGGGGCCCCAUCAGUACUCGGCGGCUAUUGAAGCACACGCGCAAACGCUCUGUUGAAGAUAAGAAUUGA